AUGCUGCUUCUUUUCCUCUUCCUCUUCUUUUCUUUUGCUGCUAGGGUUGUUGCCCCUGAAGAUGAUUGUCGGUACGACGCCGUCAGCCGCUUCAAACUCCUGCUUGACCGCCUCGACAACCUGCGUGACGUGCAGCAGACAAUCGCAAGCAAUGUUGCGCCCGUUCUGCCUUCCGGCCUUCUGGCCGCACUUCUUCUGACUGGCUGGUGCGCGCUCUGCGCUCGCCGGAUUGCCGCCAGCUGGAAAGUCUUUUCCCGCUGGGUUGAAUCGAUCGGCUCGGCCUAUCCCUCUUGGUCUUCUGCUCUGUUGAGGUGCGUGGUGCUUGUCAACCUCCUACUCAAGCCAUUCAGGAAUGAGGUCGAGCAGGACCGCGUCCUUGCCGCCGCCAAAGCCGAGGCCGCCAUCGCCCUCCAAGAAGUCCAGAGAGACCUCAGCGAUGUCGAGGAGAAAUUGGCCGCUGCUACGCAGAGGGCUGCGAGGGCUGAGCAGGCUGCUGAGAUCGCCGAGCUAGGGCAGCAGGAAGCCGAAACGUCGCUUGUCCAGAUCACAGCCAACUGUGCGGCAGAGAGAGUUCUGCUCGCCACCCUCAAACAGCAGGUCACGCGGAUGGAGCAGGCAACAAGCGAGGGUUUACGCAAGAAACAUCGUGUUGAGAAGAAGAAUUACGUUCGAAUAACCUCGGCGGCUACUUACCAGACAUCGACACCUGGUUGGGGUUUACCCUGGCCGGGCCGGGCAUCGGUCUGA